AGAGAGGCAGGGAUAGAGAGGGAGCUGGGAUAGAGAGAUAGAAAGAGAUAGAAAGAGAGAGAGAGUGUGUUUAGGAUUCACGCAUUCGGCAGCCAACUAAACGUGUUGCUCAAACUGAGAGAGGGGAAUACGAAACGCUUGUAAUGACAGCAGCGUCAAGAUAGCUGAAUUGCGCGAGUAAACAAGGCUUCGCGCAGCUGAUAGCAACAAAUCAGGCAGACAGUUUCGAAAGAGGAGACACGGAAAAGCGAUCUAGUCUGGGGUGGCCCGAAAGCGUGGACAAGGCUGUAAACCAGAAAAUGACUGAUCGUUUCGCUGGAUAAGACCCUUAUUCCUUGGCUGGGAUCAUGUAGAGCCCUUUGAAGGUGCAUUGAGACUGCAAUUUGGACCUUCAACCAUUGGUUCCCGUUAAAAUCCACUAUAUGGAGAAAAAUCCUGGAAUGUUUUCCUCAAAAACCUUAAUUUCUUUUCGACUGAAGAACGAAAAACAUCUUGGAGGACAGGGGGAAAAGACAUGGCGGAUGCUGACCUGGACUUCACAACAGGCGAUGCAGGUGCCUCUGCUACCUACCCCAUGCAGUGCUCUGCCCUGCGCAAAAAUGGUUUUGUGGUUUUAAAGGGUCGGCCAUGCAAGAUUGUGGAGAUGUCCACAUCUAAGACUGGUAAACAUGGACACGCCAAGGUUCACAUGGUGGGCAUUGACAUCUUCUCAGGCAAAAAGUAUGAGGAUAUCUGUCCCUCAACCCACAAUAUGGAUGUCCCUAACAUCAAAAGAAUGGACUACCAGCUUAUUGGCAUACAGGAUGGCUACCUGUCUCUGCUCCAGGACAGUGGUGAGGUCAGAGAAGACCUGAAAAUGCCAGAGGGAGACCUUGGCAAAGAGAUAGAAAGCAAGUUCGAUGCUGGUGAGGAAAUCCUGAUCACUGUCCUGUCUGCUAUGAAUGAGGAGGCUGCAGUAGCCAUCAAAGCCAUGGCUAAAUAAAUCACAGCAGGGGUUGACAAGAUGCUUCGGAUCCGGAAAGGAGAGAAUUAGACCUCAGCAAUGCUAUCUUCCCUCCUUUUUUAUUCUUUCUUUAUUUCUCCCUCUCUGUACUUUAUAGCCCAUCUGUAGGUUAAAAUUUAGGAAAUAAAUUUAAUAUUCAAAAUGUUCCAAACUAAAUUAAAUUCUUGGAAAUGGAAUUCAUGGACAGUGAACUAAAGCACCAUUGUAAUGUAUGUCUGGUGUGGGACAUUAUCUUUUUUUUUCUUUUGAGGAGGGCACCUCAUAAUCUCUCCAGUUAGUAUGAGUGUCCUUGUGACACUUUUUAUAUAAAACAAUAUCUGUCCCAAAUAUGUUCUUUGUUAUCUUAAAUUAAGUAGCAAAUAGCUACAAGAGGUCUGUUAUGUGGUUCAUUUUAUUUACAAGCAAUUAAGGGUGCAGAGGGGAAGUAAACAUUCUUGAAUGAAAACAUUCAAGUGCAGAAUCUCCUGUGAAGGACAGAUACAAAGGCAAUAUGUGUAAUAGGAUGCAGUUUUGUAUCACAGGACCAAGUGUUCUGCAUAACUUCCCUUUUAUCUUCUGGUA